AAGCAACAGUCUCCGAUCUUCGCAUCGCAUGGCUUAUCCUGAGAACUCCCUCCGGCAGUUCUCCCCGUUAUGACCAAAAUCCUGCCUACGUUUCGCAUGCCGGCAGAGCCAAUCUCCGGUCGGACACUACAGCAUCUCAUAUAUAGCCAUCAUGAGCCUUAUCUCUUGUCGCCAUUUACCCAUAACCGUGUUGAUUAUCGUUAAAGAAUCCCUAGUCCCCUUGCUGCUCAUCGUUCUAUUAUAUCCGCCGUAGUCAUAUAAUAACCCUGUAUGGUAUCGGGACAUCCCCGGCCUGCAUCCUCGCUAUUCAUAUACAUUGUAUCCAGAAAAUCGCCUCCCCUUGUUCCUUUGGCACCCCUCGUGUCCGAGACCGAACAGCCAUGGCCGGCCACGUGAACAUGAUGGAUGACUGCUUGAUAUCGAACCUGCCGCCGGUCACUCUCAAGUCCGCUCUCCGGCUCCUCGUCUCCCAGGGCGCCGCUACGCAGAAACCCUUCAUCGAGCACGUCCAGGCUAGAUUUCGGGAGAAUCCACCUCGAUUCAAAAAUCCUGAUGAUCUCUUCGUGGCGGAUGGCGUCGUCACCCAGACGUGCCUGGAUUACCUUGCGCAGACGAGAUGCGUAUUCUCGUGCAAGCUAGCCAGAGAAGCGCUCCCUUAUCUCGGGCAUUUCGUUAUGGCUAUCCCGCGAGCUCAGGUCACGUGGUCCGAGAACAGCGAGCUCGCGGCGGUCCUCGCGACGUUCGACGGCGACCUAGUGCAGGCGAUCCAGGCGCUCAAAGAAUCGCGGCCCUCGCCGGGCCCGGAGCUCCUGCGCUCGCUGACCAGCCUCCUCUACAGCCUAGAGGUCUGCGCGGUGUACUGCGCGGCCAUCGCGCCACAAGACAGCCGGCGGCCCGCGCUACCGUUCCCCUUCGCGCGCGGCCGGCGGCAGGUCCGCGACAUCUUGGAGAUGCUAUCCCCGGGCCGCGACAGCGCCCCGCUGGCGCACGAGCCGGACGCGCCGGCCGCGCGCGCCGCCGAGAGCGCGCCGCCGGCGCUCGAGACGUUUCGCCUGGGCCGGCUCGACGCGCCGCGGCUCUUCACCGGGCUGUGGCAGGUGUCGUCGCCGCUGUGGGGCGCGGCCAGCGCGCGGGACCAGGAGGCGGCGCUGGCGCGCGCGGCCGCCGCCGGGUUCGCCGCCGCCGAUAUGGCGGACCACUACGGCGACGCGGAGCUGAUGUACGGCGAGUUCAGGCGCAAGCUCGCGCCCGAAGACCGGAGCAGGACGCUCGCGGCGACGAAAUGGGCAAGCAUCCCCCUCCUCUUCACUCCUCAUUCUCGGGGCAGGGCUGCGAGUCGUAGUUGCGUCUUCUCACCGCUCCCCGGGCCCGUGACCCCGGCCUACGUUCUCGCCGCCGUGAGCGAGCGGUCGCGCCGCCUGGGAUGCGGACGCAUCGAGCUGCUCCAGUUCCAUUGGUACAAUUACGCGGACGAGACGUACCUCGAGGUGCUAGUGGAGCUGGUGCGUCUGGCGAGGGCGCAGCCAGCGCUCGUCGCUGAGAUCGGCCUGUGCAACUUCGACUCGGCGCACGUCGAGGCCGCGUGCGAGCACCUCCUCGCGGCGACGGGCGAGGUCGGCAUCGUGUCGAACCAGGUGCAGUUCUCCCUGAUCGACGCGCGCCCGCUGCAGAAGAUGGUCCGCGUGUGCGAGAAGUACGGGUUGAAGCUCCUCACGUACGGCUCGCUCUACCUCGACGCGAUCCUCGCCUGGGGGGGCUGGCCGGCGUUCCAGGCACUGCUGGCGCAGCUCGCGGCCAUCGCGCGGCGGCGCGCGGCGCCGCUGGCCGCUGUGUCCCUCGCUUGGGUCCUGCGGCAGCCCGCGGUGGGCGCGGCGGUCGUCGGCGGCGUGCGGCAGGCCUCGCGGCAGAGCGAGUAUCUCGACGCUGGCCGCCGCGCCGUCGCGCUCGCCCGCGAGCUCGCGCCCGACGAGAUCCGCGCCCUCGACCGGCUCGCGCUGGACGCGGGCCCCGGGGACGGGGACGACGGCAAGGGCGCCCGGGCCGCGGCGUUUUACGCCCGCAUGGGCGACUGCGGGAGCGAGUACCGCGCGCUGUGAGAGCGGGGGCGGCGGUGCGGCGAGGAGGGGGUGGAUGUGGUAGGUGGUAGGUAGGUGGAGGCGUGGUGCGGCACGGUGUAGCUGGAUACGCUCGGGUUCGGGACAUAGAUACACGGCAAUGUAAACCGGCAGGCCUGCACGCACGAAAUGCCGCUCACUCGGUCCAGUGCCGCGGAGAUUACGCCAUCCGGGCCGACUCUCGUUGCCUGCGCGUAUUCGCAACUUAGCGUGCCGGGCGCUGCGGGAUCCGGGCCCGGGUCCGUGGGUUCGGAAAUCGGGCCUGGUCUCCUUAAUUCGCGAUCGCUAUGCUCUCUAGCAGGGAUCAGGGGUUCUCCCUCUCCCGCCCCGUUCCCACCCUCCUCUCUUUUUAUCUUCGCACGUACGUUAAGAUAGAUAGAUGGAUGGAUGGAUGACAGCAAGGGACGGACCCUUCCCGCUCGGGCGGUAGUCUGUAUCCAUAGUCCCUGCGCCAGGGUGCGUGUAUGUGCCCAUGCAACGUUUGACAGGCGAUGGGGUCGUCCGCUAUGGCCCUUCCUUACGGACUAGAGCAACGCGUCAGGACAUGUCUGUGUAUAUGCUCUGUAUAUAUAUAUAUAUUAGUAUUGGGCCCAGCACCGAGAAAAAUAUCGAUCGAUUAACUCACACGCCGUCUCUAUGUGUCUGCAC